CCUCUCCAUUCUGCCCUGAGCUGCUCACACCCCCGCCCCAAAUGCUCCUCCUAGCUUUUUUGUUGCUUCUAUCCCUUUAAAAAAUCGCCCAAAAAAGUUAACCAUGGAUUGUCUUCGCUUUUCCUCCUUGACGUACUUUUGUCUUCCUCUUUCAAGUCUCUCUUUCCUCUAGCAAACUCUUUUCAAGUCCACUCCUUUUAUCUCACACACCGCAGCUGCUCAUUGACUUGUUCAUUCAUCGUCAACCACACACUCAUUGUAAAAUCACACAAACGAAAUGGGCUUAUGUGUAUCCUCAGACGAAAAGACGGAGAAAGACCGCAGCCAAAACAUUGAUCGCAUGCUCGAAGAAGACUUUCGAAAGCUUAAGCGAGAGUGCAAAAUUCUGCUACUAGGCAGUGGAGAGUCUGGCAAGUCAACGAUUGUCAAGCAAAUGAAGAUCAUCCAUCAGAAUGGUUACACCACCGAUGAAUUGAUGGCAUGGCGCACAGCUGUCUACAAAAAUUUGAUCGAGUCCGCUCUUGCAUUGAUCGCUGGUGUUCGCAAAUUCGACUAUUCUUUCGAGGAGGAAAAAAAUGAAUAUAAUGCGCAACAGAUCAUGGAAUAUAAACUACACAACAACAGCGACAAGCCCAUCUGUCCCGACAUUGCAGCAGCUGUUGCAUGCAUUUGGAAGGAUGCGGUAGUAACGCGUCUUCUAGAUAAAGAGGGAACAGAUUUCUAUAUGAUGGAUUCGGCAUCUUACUUUUUUGAGGAAGCGAAUCGGAUAGGUGAGCCUGAUUACGUACCUAACGUGCAGGACGUGCUACGUGCGCGAUGCAAGACCACAGGCAUAACGGAGACCCGAUUCAAAAUGGGACAGUUGAAUAUCCACAUGUUUGAUGUCGGUGGCCAACGUUCGGAACGUAAAAAAUGGAUCCAUUGCUUUGAGGCAGUAACCUCCAUUAUAUUUUGCGUUUCCCUGAGCGAGUACGAUCAGGUUUUGCUUGAAGAAUCUCGCCAGAAUCGAAUGAUGGAAAGUUUGGUCCUCUUUGAGUCAGUCAUCAAUAGCCGAUGGUUUUUACGAACAUCGAUCAUCCUCUUUUUGAACAAAAUUGACGUAUUCAAGAACAAAUUGCCAAAAAUACCAUUGGAGAAGUAUUUCCCCGAUUACGGAGGUGGCCAGGAUAUCAAUAAGGCUGCCAAGUAUAUCCUUUGGCGAUUCAACCAGACCAAUCGAGCCAAGCUUCAUAUAUUUCCUCACCUUACGCAAGCAACUGAUACACCCAAUAUCCGCCUCGUCUUCUCUGCCAUUACUGAUACCAUUUUAAGAAACGCAUUGAAAGAUUCAGGAAUCUUGUAAACAAACUUCUACAGCGUUUUCUUCUACAUAUACAUCCAUACAUACACUCGUCGUACAAAUUAUAAUUAUCAUCAUUUUCCUUAUACACUCGUGCAACAGCAAUCUAUACAUUAAAAAGGCAUACAUCAUCCCUCCACACUCACAAACUCACCUUCCCAUUUUCUGCAUUUUCAAAUCAUGUGUUCGCAUAGAACUCCACCUUUUGUGAUAUUUUAAUUAUAAUUACUUCUACCAUUAAAAAACUUCUG